UGUUCACCUGCCCUAAACCAAGCAGGAAGCAUACGUCGUUCACGUUUGACCGACCUUGCAGCCAAAAUUUCUAUCGUUACUUGUCUUCUUCUUGCUCAGUGUAGAAUUCCAGAUAAUGGCGACGACGCAGCACUACGUCUGGGCUGGCGGUCACUUUUUACUCCUCGUCUCAGCUCUAAGAUACCUCGUCGCUUAUGUCACGUUCAAGACUGUGUCUCCCUGGUGGUACAGAGCAAGUUUCUUAGGUGCACUUGUCAGUUAUGCAAUCGUAUGCUAUAAAUCUCUCGGUUCGCCUCAACCCACUGGAACAUAUAUCAAGAAGGCAUUGAUGGACGAGAACGUCCAGUACUUCCUCCUCGCGUCCUUCUGGUGGAGUUCCAAACCAGUCCCACUCGCAUUAAUACCGUUUUUCAUCUUUUCGUUGUUCCACGUCUUGACGUUUACCCGUACGACUCUGAUGCCUCGCUUCCUUCCUCCUGGCCCUCCCGCAACUGCAGGGGGAGCGCCUCAACCUCAUCCUUUGGCCAAACGAUUACAGUUGUGGGUUAAGGUCAACUAUGACAAGGCGAUGCGCGUUGUUGCCUACGCUGAGCUUGCUAUCUUGGUCCGCGUUGUGUUCGGUGCCAUUUUCUUCAAGAAUUCGUUUAUCGCGCCGUUAGUCUUCUUGCACUUCUUGCGGCAACGCUACUAUCAGUCUGCAUUCACGCGUGAUGCGAUCGCCGUAACCGAUGCUCGCGUGACUGAGCUCGUGCGUCGCUCGGGCAAUCCUGUCGUCGCUGAAGUAUGGGACAAAGCGAGGGAGCUAUUUGCACGGUGGGCAGCUGGUCCAAUCCAGGCUGCAGGUGCUACAAGGAGAGAUUAGUUGGCGAGUGGUUCAAGGGUCAGUCGGGAUAUUGUGGAUUCUCGCUGGGUGGCGAGCCGGUUAUCGAUAUCAGCGACUUCCGUCAGAUGAAACGGGUCCAUUUUGACCACAUCGUACUCUACUCGUUUUUUACCAAGCUCAGUUUUUGUGAUCCCAGUAACUGUAUUGAUUUGUCGUACCAUAGUUAAGAUAUGAACGAUAGAUUAUUGUUGCCUGCGUUUGUGAGGUCACUCCAGG